CCGCGCUUACUCAUAGAAACGGCCAUGGCCACCACGGUCAUGGCAUUGCUCGUGCUCUCGCUGGCCACGGCGUCGGCCGUGGCCACCGGCGCGUCCUGGAGGAGCCAGCGGCCUGAGGCCGACCUCGUGACCGGGCUGCCUGGGCAACCGGCGGUCGGGUUCAGGCAUUACGCCGGCUACGUCGACGUCGGCUCUGGCGGCGGCAAGGCGCUCUUCUACUGGUUCUUCGAGGCCGAGCGGGAGCCGGACAAGAAGCCCCUCAUGCUCUGGCUCAACGGAGGACCUGGAUGCUCCUCUGUUGCCUACGGUGCCGCGCAGGAGCUGGGCCCGUUCCUGGUCAGGAGCUACGGCACUAGCCUCACUCUCAACGCCUACUCUUGGAACAAAGCUGUGAAUCUGCUGUUCCUCGAAGCGCCGGUGGGCGUGGGGUUCUCCUACACCAAUCGGACGUCCGACCUGAAGCAGCUCGGCGACCUUGUGACGGCACAGGACUCGUACAGCUUUCUCCUGAACUGGCUCGACAGGUUCCCGGAGUUCAAGAACCGCGACUUCUACAUCGCCGGAGAGAGCUACGCUGGGCACUAUGUCCCACAGCUCGCGGAGCUUGUCUACGAUGGGAACAAAGGGGCGAGCAGAGACAGAGUCAUCAACAUCAAAGGUUUCAUGAUCGGCAAUGCGGUGCUGAACGACGCCACGGACCAGCUGGGCAUGGUGGAGUACGCGUGGAGCCAUGCCAUCAUCUCGGACGAGCUCUACUCGGCGGUGCGGCGGGAGUGCGACUCCUUCAAGGAGGAGGCGGACGGCGGCAAGCCCGGCAAAGGCUGCUCGCCGGCUCUCCGCGCCUUCCUCGGGGCCUACGACGACAUCGACAUCUACAGCAUCUACACGCCGACGUGCCUGUCCUCUUCCCCCGCCGCCGCAGCCACGUCGCGGCGGCCGUCGAGGCUCGUCGCCGCGCCACGCCUCUUUUCCAGACAUGAUGCGUGGCACAGGAUGAAGCGUGUGCCGGCGGGAUACGACCCGUGCACGGAGGCAUACGUGACGAGCUACUUCAACCGCGGGGACGCGCAGCGCGCGCUGCACGCCAACCGGACAGGCCUGCCCUACCCGUACUCGCCCUGCAGUGAGGUCAUACGUAAAUGGAACGACUCGCCGGCUACCAUACUGCCCAUCCUGAAGAAGCUCAUGGGCGCCGGACUGCGCAUCUGGGUUUAUAGCGGCGACACGGACGGGCGGGUGCCGGUGACGUCGACGCGGUACAGCAUCAACGCCAUGGGGCUGCGGCCGCGGGAGAGGAAGAAGAGGCCCGCUGCGACGGGGGCGGAGUGGGGCGGGUGGCGGGCGUGGUACUACAGGCAGCAGGUGGCCGGGUGGGCGGUGGAGUACGAGGAGGGGCUCACGCUGGUGACGGUGCGCGGCGCGGGGCACCAGGUGCCGCUCUUCGCGCCGGAACGCUCGCUCGCCAUGCUCUACCACUUCCUCCGGGGCCAGGCCCUGCCGGCCUCGCGCUCACGCUAGCUACCGACUCGCGCCUGAUGCUAAGUAGUAGCCGUUUUGCUUAGGCACAUGCUAGAGCUUGACUAGGUAAUGCAAUGGUGUUGUGUGAAUGCACCUCUGUAACCCUCUGUAACUUGUACCGACAGAAACGGCAAUCCUCUGAAAUUCUUUUGUCCCUCGUGCAACAAACCUCGUUUUCUGCAAGCUUGCUGUGUAAACAAAAAGCCCGUAACCAAGAGAACAGGGGCAAGGAAUAUGCUGCGGUUAAGGUCAGGUAUGUUUCAGUACAGAUUGUGUUC